CGAGGUGAGCGCAUCUCCGACCUGUGGGCCGGGGAUAAGCUGCUGACAAUCCUAAAGACCCUGGUCAGUGUCCGGGAACUUUGCGAGCGUGGCUUUGAUCUGACCGUGUGGUUCAUUGCCGCCUGGAAGAUUUCGCAACAAAGAGAGUUGAUAGAGGAAGCUUUGUUUUGUCAGCGGACGCAGGAGCCUGUCCAAAUUCGGUAUUGGGAUCACUUUCCUCCCGAUGUUGGCGGCUUCUUGAGCUCCCGCCAUCGGCUCGCGAUGGCGAAAGUGAUGGAUGAGUACGACUUCUUCAUUUCCAUCGAGGACGAUAUCUACCUCACCCCGUCAAUGGUGGAUGCGUAUGUGCAUGCAAGCGGCCGGCUUGCGCUCACCACGGACGCGUACGCCCGCGAGCAUCACAUGGUGGGCUUCUCCCGAAAAGAACACGACUUGCUACGAGAGGACCGGGCUUGGGCGCUGUGGGAGACACUGGCGGUGGAUUACCAUGUGUUGCAACUCCCCGGAGCAGGUUGGUGGGCACAAGUGACGGGAAAUCCCCAUCAGGCCAUGUGGAUGGCGACAAGGGAACAGAUUUACAAUUUUGAAAGCCGAUGCGAGAGCGGCUUUUUGAAAUUGAAACAUCCUAGGGAAGCAGAAUGGGUGGAGAUAUUUAUGGGCCCCGAAGAGUGUGAGGAUAUCCGCAAAGUUCUUCCGAUUGACGAUGAUAUAGGGGGCUUCGAAUCUUUCACGGUCUGGCACAUGACGGACUCGAAACUACGAGUCAUGGGAGAGGGCGUGGCACUGGUGAAGGAUAUUGUAACCCACUUGAAUGCGGAGAAGGCCUGGAGAAAAGGGAAGAUUAGGGGCGCACGAAGAAAGAAUUAAGAGCGGUGAGUUAGCGGCCGAACAAGUCCGGAGAUCUUUUGUGUGUAGCAUGUCUAGCUGAAAUUUCAGCAACCAAAUGGUACAUCCUGGUUGUUGAUCGUCCAGACGUUCUGUAUACCUGUACAGCUGUAAGAUUAAUUAGGAUUUAUAAAAGCGACCAAAAUUUGUACGAUGUCUAGAUCCAAUUUCCACCAUAGAUAUAUAUAUCA